AUGAAGUCGUUCGCUACUCUUAGUGCAGCAAUUGCUGCUCUCGCUGGUAUAAGCAGUGCUCAAGUUACCUAUAACUCGACUACCGGAACCUUCUCUUGCCCUGUUGCCAAUGGUGCUUACUGCGCAAGUUCAUCUCUCGGCGGUCCUAUCAUCAUUCGAUGUACAAACGGCAUUGGUCAACCAGGGAACUGUGAUGAUAACCUUGCCGGAUACUUCCCUUAUGGUGUGAACUAUUCACCAUGUUGGGAGACUAGUGAGAAGAGUGGUGACGCCGCUUGUUCUAAGAACUGUAUCGUCCAAGGUGCCUCCGGCAACUUCAAAGGUACAUUCACCCUACCCAACUGUACACCCAUUCCAAACCCAUCCGCCACCUCACCUCUUAAUGGUUCGACAACUACAACAUCAACUGGUACAUCGACAAUUAUCGAAGGUUCAACAACACAACUCAUAACUUACACCACAACCUUCUGUCCUACAUCCACCCCAGUAGUCCUCUCAUCUGUCACUUCACCCACAAUCUCAACUGCUAUCGUGAUUCCUCCAUUAAUCACAGCCCCUACUGUCUCUACAACUCCUGUUAUCGACCCAUCAUCAGGUAUCACAACCAUUAUCUUUUCAUCCGGUACUGCUGUCAGUACCGCUGUCAGUACCGCUGUCGGAACUGGUGGCUCGGGAGGAGGUUCGGGUGGUGGAUCAGGCGGUGGAUCAGGUGGCGGAUCUGGCGCUGGCAGCUCAGGAGUCCACAAUGGUACAACUGGUGGAUUAGGUGCUGGCGGAAGCGCAACUGCUACACCCGUUGGACCAAGUAAAACUUCUACUGGAGUUGGUGCGCCUGAAUAUACGGGUGCUGCUAAUAUUCUCAGUGCAGGUGGUCUCGCAGCUGCGGGGGCUGUGCUUGUUUGGUUUCUUUAA